AUGAGAGGGCAUUAAUAAAAUUAUCUUUUCCAAAUUAAGCCUUGUGAUCAAGAUCUGUAUUAGAUUGAUUAUAAAUGUAGUAAAAGGUUAUUCUCUUUAAAGGAGAGAGUCAAUACAAAAAAUAAUAAUACUUCCUUUAUCACAUAACAUUUAAAUUAAUCUUUUUAAAGAACUGAUUUAAAAAUAGAGACCGCCUAAAAUUAAUUUACUCCUAUAACUCAUUUAGAAGUUCAAAGUAAACUGGAAUUAGUAUUAGAUUAAUAGUUUUAAGAUGUAUAUUAAUCAUCAUAAGAAAAUAAUAAAGAACUUUAUAAUAUUAAAUGUAUUCAUAAAAUAAAAAAAGAGAAUUAAUAUUCUUCAUAAAAAAAAAGAAAAACAUAAAAAAGACCUUUUCAAUUAAAUAGAACACCAGAAUGUUCCAGAUCAGCUAAUAUUACUUUAAUAUUUAGAGAAAGUGAAAAAACCUUGGAACUCAAAGAUUACUCUUUGAAUUUGAUAAAUACAUGCUUCUAAUUAAAAUAAUAGAUUAUAUGUGAAUUAUUUAAAAAAUAGCUAUUUAUAACUUAGAAAAUAUAAGGAUAUAUUGAAUGUUCAAGAAUUUUAGUAAAUGGAAAUAUAUUAGAAGAUUAAAUGUUACUAAAUGAAAUUAGUUAUCCUAUAUUAAUUGAGAUAUUUUAAUUUAAGACACCAAAUUUCAACUAAAAUUAUCAUUAUUAAUUUAAUCAUGAACAAAUAUACUAAAAUUAAUAUGAUGGUCUAAGGGUAUAAAAUUUAUAAAUUAUGUAUAAUAAUAAAUAAAUAGUUUGGUCUGGAAUUAUUGAUAUUUCUUACAUUGAUUUUGAAGAGAUUUUAAAAUUAGAGAAUGGUUAUGAAUUAUACAAUAUUAAUAAGUUAGGUUAUUUUAGAAUACCAAAUUAAGGUAAAAAGUUAAAUUGCAAAAGAGUAAUUAAACUUAAUAUACCUGAAGAAUUACUUAUUUUAACUAUUGAUGACUAUGGAAAUAGAGAUAAAUUAUAUUUAAUUAGAAAAUUAUCUGAAUAAUGUAAACUGUUGAAUUAAGAGUUUGUUAAUUUAGAUAAUGAAUGUAGAUUUUAUGAAUUUAUUGAAUAAUGA